AUGAGCUCUACACCAAGCAAUCACGAGUCCACCAACAGAAUUGGCAGCACGCCAGCCCAGCGUCAUGUCAUCUCCGCCGCUCAAGCACAGGGAGUUUUGAAUGCUGCAGCAAAGUGCGCCGAAACCGUCACUCCGCAGUGCAUUGCUAUCUGUGAUCCUUCUGGUCUUCUGGUCGCCUUCUUGCGCAUGGACAAUGCCUACCCCGGCAGUAUUGACUUGAGCAUCAAGAAGGCUCGUACCACAGUGCUGUUCAAUGGAUUGCCCAGCGGUGUUGUGUACGAUCUUGCACAGCCUGGAGCACCAUUCUAUGGUAAGUGUGCGAAGACUCGAGCGCUCCGACUCAUGCUCACAGCCUCAUANGGUAUUCAAGAGACCAAUGGUGGUCUGGUCGUCUUUGGCGGUAGUCUGCCCCUCUACAAGGACAACUUCCUUCUGGGAUCGAUCGGUGUCAGUGGAGGUUCUCCAGACCAGGAUCUUCAAGUCGCACAGGCUGGCGUUGACUGGUUGAACAAGUCCGAGUAG